AUGCCCAAAUUCAUGUCGUUGACCAUCGAACCAACCAUCAGAGCCCAGGUUUUAGUGAUCUUUGGCAACAGAAGCGAAUACCAGCAUGGCCUGUUUGUCUUCCUCCUUCCUGUGAACUUUGGGUUUGGACUUGCUCUGAUCGGCAACACCAUGGCAAGUCCUGCAUUUCUCGAUCGAUUUGGUCAAGAGACAGCCACAGGUGCCAUUGGGAUAAGCGCACGCGAUCAGCAAGUGUUGAACGCUGCUACGAUAAUUGGCAUUUUCGUGGCUGCCUUUGCUGCUGGCUUCAUUGCAGACAAGAUUGGUCGUCGCAAGGUAGUCCUUGUUGGUUGCUUACUUUGCAUCGUCGGGAUGUUCGUUCAGGGGUUCGCAAACUCUAUCAUGAUGGUCUUUGAGGCGAAACUCAUCAGCACACUUGGGUACGGCUUGGGCCAUGCACUUUGUCCUGUAUGCGUUGCAGAGAUCGUACCCGACAAUUUGCGAGAGAUAUGCUUGACCUUGGUGAGUACUAUGAUCGUGAAAGCCAUCGCGGCCCUCCGUAAACUCAACGGCCCAAAUUACGAUGCUGCCGCGGCCGUCGCGGUGCUAGAGGCGGCAGUUCAGAGAGAGCCCACACUACAAUCCGAAAGUGCGUCGUACCUCGAAUGCUUGAAGGGUGUGAAUCUGCGCCGCACUUUGAUCGUGUGUCUCGUAUACAUUGCCCAGCAGUUCGUGGGCGCCAACUUCGCCCAGGGAUAUCUGCCGUGUUACUUCAUACAAGCUGGAGUCAAAAAUCCAGUGGGUAUCGCGCAAAUUAGCUAUACGAUUCAGCUGGUUGACAACAUCGUUCCCUGUUCCUCGUCGAUCGUAUCGGUCGCAGACCGAUAA